GCAGCAUGGCCGGCUUGGGCUGAUGGUCGAUCCUGGCCGUUGAGGAUAAUAUACCUCCCCCAACCUCGCACAUGCACAACAUCUUUCCUCUUGUGUUACUCGUACUAUAGCAUUCUUCUUUUUACUUCCCUUGCACGCAUCACAACACACUCGUUGUUCGUUUUGCUUUUUCUUUUCCUUCGUUUAAACAAUCAACUAUUUUCACAAUGGCCUUUUCAAGGCUGAUUGUCCUACUCUCGCUUCUGUCAUUCGCUAUCUUUGCAUAUGCUGCCCCCUCGUCCUCUUCGGUAUCCUCACUAGAGAAACGAGCCAAGAAGGUGAAAUUCGAGGUAGACCUAACAUGGGAGGACUAUUCGCCCAUCGGGGGCAAACCCAAGAAGAUGAUCCUCGUCAAUGGCACCUUUCCCGGCCCAGCAUUGGAGGCCACCGUUGGCGAUGAGGUGGAAUUCCUGGUUCACAACAACAUGCCAGAUGCAACGGCAGUUCACUUCCAUGGUAUCGUGCAGCAGGGAACUCCAUGGUCGGAUGGUGUCCCAGGUCUCAGCCAAAAGCCUAUUUCUCCUGGUUCUUCGUACCUUUACAAGUGGACGGCAGACGCUUCAGGGGUAUACUUCUAUCACGCCCAUUACCGCUCGCAGAUGAUGGACGGACUCUAUGGAGCAAUCAUCAUCAAAGCCGCCGAGAACGCGCCAAAGCCCUUUUCCUUGAUCAGCAACGAUACAGCUGCCGUCGCCGCCAUGGUCGCCGCUGAAAAGUCUCAAGAAGUCAUCUUUGUGUCUGACUAUGUCAAGUACACUUCAGCCGAGUUCCACAAGCAAGAAGAGGCCGCCAAUGUCGACAUUUCUUGCGCUGACGCCAUCAUCAUCAACGGCAAAGGUUCGCAAUACUGCUUGAGCAGAGGCGAAAUAACUGCCUACACCUCCCCCAAGGUUCUUCCCAUGCUCGCCACUGUCAGCCCAUCGGAAAUGACCAACAAGGGCUGCUUGCCUCCCAACUUGAUUCCCACCCAAGGAAACUUCAGCUUCAAGAUCGAUACCCUGCCACCCGAUGCGUACUUUGAGUGCACUCCAUCAACGGGCGAGAUGGCCACUUUCGACGUCGACCCGGCCAAGGGAUGGGCUGCCUUCACCUUCAUCAACCCAGGUGGCUUCGAGCUUCUCAAAUUCACCAUUGACGGCCACAAGAUGUGGGUGUAUGCUGUUGACGGAGGCUAUGUGGUCCCCCAACUCGUCGACCAGGUCAUGAUCAACAACGGCGACCGUUACUCGGUGCUCGUCCAGCUCAACCAGGCUCCUGCGCAGUACGCGAUCCGUGUCGCCAACAACGGUCUCAACCAGAUCAUCAGUGGAUUUGGUGUGCUCAACUACAAGGGCUCGUACGGUCCCGCGACCGAGGACCCCAACGCCCUGUCCACCAUGAACUUUGCCGGCGCCAACCUCACUCUGCUCCGUCCAUUCAACGACGUCAAGGCCGCACCGUACCCGCCAAACCCACCAGCCAAGAAGGCCGACAUCACCUACCAGUUCAACAUCAAGAAGCUCGGCCAGCCAUUCGGCGCCUACCAGUGGACUCUCAGCGGUGUCGAUGGAUUCAACGCCAGCAUGGAAGAUGCCACUCCUCUCAUCGACCAAGACCCAGCCAAGCUGCCUACCGAUGACUUGGUCCUCACCACCAAGAUGGGUCAAUGGGUUGAUCUGAUCAUCAAGACUCAAGGACCUCUCGCCCAGCCUCACCCGAUGCACAAACACAGCAACAAGGCUUACGUUCUCGGCAAGGGCGUUGGACCUUUCAACUGGACCACCGUUGAUGAGGCUGCUACCGUCCUGCCAGCAAACACCUUUAACUUUGUCAACCCACCUCUACGUGAUGGGUACACCACCACCCCAUCCGAAUCCAACAACACCUGGAUGGCUCUACGUUACGAAGUCGUCAACCCCGGCGCAUUCCUGUUUCACUGCCACGUCCAAACACACAUGGCCGGCGGUAUGGCCGUUGCCCUCCUCGAUGGUGUUGACAAGUGGCCCAAGGUUCCCGAAGAGUAUGUCAAUGGGAACGGCAUUGGCAACUCACACAAACUCAAGAUGAAGGGAAGAUUACACCCCAAGUCGUCAUAAGUUCAACCAAACUUUCAAGAUUGAUUUCUUCAUUGUUGCAUUUUACGAUCCUCGGUUUGGGGUUCUGACUAGGGAUCACGCUGGAGUUUUGGGAAAAUUUUAUCUUCUACAGUCUACACUUUCAAUGAACGAGGUUCGAGUUUGUACAAUGAAACACACACAGUCUAUCGGUGUUUUUGUAUUCGUACAGAGUAUGACCCUUCCCUUAGACGGUAGUUGAUGAAGGUUGAUGGUGAUGGUGUAUGGGCAUUUACAGAAUUUACCCAAAACAAAGAGGAGUAUACCUUAAUAUGAAUUCGCCAUGGAGGUUUGAUGAGGGUGGUUGCGUGGUAGCAUGUACGGAGUUGUAUAAUGGAUUGAUGAUUACCUAGGUACUUGACUGUUGAACCGAGACUAGUUCUGUGUUUG